CGCAAAGCAGAAACUACGCCGUAUAUCGAACGAUAAAAGCUCGAUAGAUAUCAUUUUGGGUUCAAACCCAUCAAAAAUGUAUUUUAUGACAUUAUUUAGAUGGCUGCUUCUCAUAUGUGGUGUUUGCGGACAAGUUCUUGCGAGAGACAAUCAACGACGCGAUCUGGAUUUUGAAAAUGUGUUUAAAAAUGACGAUUCCGGUCCAGCUCGAAUUCGGCGUUACACAAGAGGCCGAAGGCGAGAAAACAUAAAAAAGGCAAGUGAUGAAGACGACGAUGAUCCUUACAAUUAUAAAUCAGAUUACACUUCAAUACCAAAAGCGUUCGGGGGAAGUUCCUACAGUAGCCCCUAUACAGAAAAAAAGGAUAAUGAAGAUUACGCCUAUCCUUACAAGUACGGAUCUGGAUAUGAUCACAAAGAGUACGACAGAAUAAAAGAGCUGUCUGAAAAACAAGCAGCAGAAAUUAGAGAAAACCCUGGAAACUGUAAAGAAGUCAAAAGGGAUGGUAUGACAUGUAAUGUUUGUAAAGACCCUAAGACAGGAGGAAAUUACGAAUCUUGUUCUUAUGUAGCAGAACCUAAAAAUAAUAAAUAUGCGUAUUCGAAAGAGAGAAAAUUUGAUAGUAAUGAUGAACCUGAAGUCAAUUCUGGAAGUGAUGAGAAAUCAGGAGAUUCACCGAAAAAGUCAGAAAAAUAUAAGGAUAGUCGUGAAACUUCUCCCCAAAAAUUUACCAGUUCAGAUGAAGAAAAACCUUCUAGUAAUUACAAGAAAAUUGAUGAUGACUCAGGUGAAAAAUAUAAGGGCUACUACGUGCAUACUUCGAAACCAAACCCAAGUGAAGCAUUACGAGCAGCCAGUGACGAGUCUACUAGCGCCGAGACUAAAGAGUCAAAGCCAUAUGACUAUAAAAAAUCAUUGCCAGGAUUUUAUACUGAUAACGAACCGAAAAAGGAUGUAGAACAUGUUCUGGCCGAAUUUAAAAAGAAAGACAGGUCCACAUGUAAAAAAGUACAAAAGAAUGGCAUGACUUGUUAUCAGUGCUUAGAUAAAAAUGGUCUUAAAAACGAGGAAUGCAUGUUUGUUUCUGAAUCAGCACCAAAACAGAGCCACUUAGCAUACCAGGAAGUGAAAGAAUUUACAUCGAAGCCAGCCACGCUCGAUAGUGGAAGUGUUGAAGCUGAAAGUCAAACAAUUACAACAAGCACUCCACCAAAUCAAAAAUCAGCUGCCUAUGUAGCAGCUCCUACAACUAAUGGAAAAAAGCAAAAGCGUAAGAAAGCGACACAAACAGCAGGCAUUUCAGCUGCGAAAACGGCGGAUUUAACGGAAAAAACAAUUGAGUCACCAAAAGUAAAGAGAAGCCCCGACUCCGAAAACAAAAACGCUGAAAUCAUUGAUGAAGCAGCAAAUAUUGCACCACCAGAAGAGUUUGCCGGUGCAAGUUCCAAAGGCGCCUUUUGGGCAGAAACAAUGCCACGAUAUAGCGCUGACUUAGGGGUCACUUUACCAGAAUAUAUGCUCUCCAGAUCUGAGCAUGAAGCUUUAUUUGAUGAAGCUGUGUUAGGAGCGUAAACAUACUCUAGAUUGAAAGCCAAUUAAUACAAAAACACUGCUUAUAUUAUGGUCUUAUUUGAAAAAAAAAAUCAAUGAAUAAGAUAAAAGAUUUUAAAUAUCGUACCAAAAAUAAAUGACUGCAACCAGCAAGUGAUAUUUGUAGUAUUAAUGGAUGUUGUUUAAUCGAUAGAUGGCCUAUGUCUGGGCCCUAUUAGAUAGUUGUUGACUAGUUCUAGAUUACUUACGAAUAAAAUGAUUUUUUAUAUUAA